AUGCCGACAUUCACAUUCCCUCUUCCUCUCAUGGCACCACCUAAAAAAUAUCAUACACUUGAAUCAAAGCGUCGUUCAGUGUGCGAGAAAAGUAAAUGCUAUUAUGAAAGAAACAGGCGCCAAAUCCGAUUGCAGCGCAGAGCUGCGUACGAUGCUAAGACUUCGGCGGAGAGUUGCUCUAACGAGGAACCCACCGUCGUGAAUGUCAAACACAUCACCAGACUCAGAAAAACCAAUGCGCUUGAAAUUCAAACAAGGAGAAAAUAUCUAACACGCCAGGUCAAUAGUCCGCCUUCAUCUAAGAAGCCUGCCCCAGCACAGCCUUUACCGCCUGUCGACUUAUUCCUUAAGCUGGACGCAGAAGCGAACGCCCUUCAAGACAAAUUCAAUUCCUUCAUUCAGGGCGUGUCUAUCUCUGAAUAUGCCGAGUCGCUCUUGAAAGCAUACUUCAAGUCGAGCUCAAAACGCCAGGGCCAAAUUGGUGUCUUUGUGGACCCAUUGCAAGAGUUGUACGGCCUCCGGGACUCUUACACAAAGAUAGAAGCUAGAUCUCGCGAGGUUGAAGGUUUAAGCACAAGGCAUAAUGUGCUGGUGCAGACAGGUAUUCCUAUCCACAAGGUAGUUGAAUGGGUGGAAGAUUUUUGGCGUUGUGCUAUUGAUGGUCCAGGAAGCUUGCGGUUGAGAAAGUCGAGUGAGAGCAUUCUCGAUCACUCGUCGACGUCCCUUGAGUCACGUAGGUCCAAUAGUAUCAACAUCCGAGCUGCGUCUGAGGCCGAUUCUGUCAAAAGCUCCAGCAAGAACAUGUUUAAGAGACAGUACUGCAUAUGCGUUUUCCCUGGGUUAACCUCAAUCAUGAUAUGUCUCUCGUCGACGUUGGCUGAUCACAUGGCGAUGCCUGGCAAAAGGGCUUCAAAAGUGACAGCUGGCGCAAGGAGCCGCUUGGCAGAGAGGCAGGAGAUCACUUGGGGCAAGGCUUCUGGACCACUCAAGCAGAAUCUGUACUCUGUUCAGGCUCUGUUGCAGAAAGAAGGGAAUCCUGAUCACUGGGACUUGGACAGCGGCAGUUUUGAUUCUGCAGUAUGGACUGUAUACUGUCUGGUCAAGAAUUUAACAGUUUCAGUCUCGUAUAUGGGUGAUUUGGAGCAAACUGUUGGGUCCCCGAGCUUCGGGCUCCUGAUCCGAGAGAUGCUGAUGCAGUUCGCCACUGGAAUUCGUUGUCGCCAAAGGAGCAAGCUCUCUUACGUAGCAGAGAUUCGUAAAGGAUUAACUGGAUUUUAUACUAGGAUCUCCUCAGAAUUAUCAAGACUCUGGUGCCUGUGGGAACCCUUCUAUGCCGAGGGUCGCAAAAAGAAGAGAGCAGGACAAGCAGAGCUCCAGCUUGAUUGGCACACUGCGGUGAAGCUUCAACCUGAGCUAUCUGGUACAAGACUGAAGUGA